GUUUAUCGGCAUUACGGCAGGGACCUCUCUUUGCGUCUGUGUGUGCAGUGCCUCACUCGGAGCCCGGUCUGUGGUUGCACCGCAGUGAUCUCGCAUGGGCUCUGGUGCUCUGGAAGUGGACCUUGCUCUAAAAAUACUAUAGCUUGAAAUAUGCCCACUGUUAUUAUGGUAUGCAAUGGUGUCAGUUGUUUGGGGGAAAGGAGGAAUAACUGACUCCUGGCAGUCAGUUUUCCGGAGGCCUUCCUGUUGGCGUGGAGCCUGAGCCCUUCCAACCUUCUUGUUGUUCAGGGAAAGGUAGAAGUGACUUGACAACCACACGGGAAGGGGGAUUAUUUUUAACACAAUGAGCGUGCGUCUCUAGACAUGAUUUGUAGUUUGGUCCAGCUGGAGCUGUCUGAAUGAAGCUAUGGGCUGUGCCUCCGCCAAGCAUGUUUCUACUGUUCAAAACGAAGAGGAAACUCAGAAGGGGAAAAACUAUCAGAACGGAGAUGUGUUUGGUGAUGAGUAUAGGAUCAAACCAGUGGAAGAGGUCAAAUACAUGAAAAAUGGGGGAGAAGAUGAUCAGAAAAUAGCAGCCAGGAACCAAGAAAACUUGGAAAAAAGUGCCAGUUCAAAUGUAAGACUUAAAUCUAAUAAAGAGAUCCCAGGAUUAGUACAUCAACCCAGAGCAAACAUGCACAUCUCUGAAAGCCAACAAGAAUUCUUCAGAAUGCUUGAUGAAAAAAUUGAAAAGGGUCGUGAUUAUUGUUCAGAAGAGGAGGAUGUCACAUAGUGCCAAUUCUGCCCCUCGCUCCAGGAAUACUACUGUGUAAAUAGAUUACAACCCAGUCGAGACCUUUUGGAAGUCUUCUAGAGCAAACAGCACUACAUAACAGAAGAAGAUCAUUCCCACAUUAUAUGCUCCAUUCAGUUACAGUGUUUCUUAAUGAACAGAUGAGGAAUAUUGCUAAGAACUCGUAAGGAACUGUUUUUGUUGCUGCUAGUUAAAACUUGUUGCAACUUCUCACUUUUUUCUGUGUCCAGAUACGCAGCAAAUCCUUAAAGUUAAUCCAAAAGACGUUGUUGAUUUUAUUGAGGCUUCUGGCCUGUUUUCUAUCAGAUGAGGUAGUGUUAUACAAAGCUUCCAUAAGUGAACAUUCAAGCAUCUAAGAAACACCCUUAAGCUGUCUGUCAGUCCGCGUUUGGGCCGGAGUGCUUAUUAAUGCUGGUGAUUUCAAGCUUUGGAGAUGGGAUGUUUUUGCCACGGCAGGCCUUGUUUCUCUGCUGAGAAGAAGCCGAGAAACUAUUAUCCGUUAAAAGCAUGUUAUCACUGAAAUACUGGAAGUGAUGCAGGAGCAGGAAUUUGUAUUUUAAGAGGAAAAAGAAUUUCAUUUAAUAGAUAUCUUAAUCAAGGACUAAGCUUGCAGUAUUGGCUUUGCUGAGCACGAAUGGGAGUGUGAUCACAAUCAUUUUGAAUCUCUUUUUUUCUAAGAAAAUAAACAUUUUACUGUUUUUAUGUA